UUUCUCUAUUUAAAAAGUGUUUGGUGUCAGACUCUGUGUACUUUCCAAAAGUGAAGUGUUGAGAUACAUGUUUUUCUUCCUGUUUAUAGAAUAAAAGCUGUUAGUCCAACACUCUUUAAACCAUUCUGUCAAAUACUAACCCCCCUUGCGCUACACGGGCCAGGAAAUGGCUUUGAUGUGUUUUUGUUUCGGUUACUUGGUAACAGCGAGGCUCGCGAGUCGUAAGAGCAGCAGUCUGUGGGAAGUGCCCGAGACGGCGCUGUAGAAAUGGUCUAAUGAUUAAGGAAAAAAAUAAAGGAUAACUCGUUUCUCAGUUAAAACGAGAGGAACUUCCCAGGAACAUUUUUUUUUUUUUUUUUUAAAUCGCAGUGUGUAAUUUACACAACAUUUAUUUCGACUUCGAACAAAGAGAAGAGCCCGACACGGUCCGAGCAGCGAGUAGGAAACCGACUCCACUUCGGCUCAAGCGCACAGAAACCCUUCCUAUUUGUUUACAUGUCGUCUUGAGCCAAAAUGGCGACGCUAGCGAAACGGCUGCCGGCCGGCCGCGUCCGUAUCCGAGGCGAGCUGCUGCUGUUUUCCUCUAACGGCAUGAGUUAAAGCAGUCCGCUGGGGGUUCGAGGGAAAGUCCAGGCGUGUCUAAGCAGGUUGCACAGCCCCGCUCUGCCUACUUUGCCGCCCGAGAGCCGCUGUGGUGAAGCCGUCCGACACGAUCCUUCGGCCCGCGGCGAGCUUGGGUAGAAGUCACGUGACCCGCGCAAAGCCCAGCUGCCCAAUUCCAAUAUGGUGGUCGGCUCGGCAGGCUUACGCUUCUUGUUGAUGAUACUGUGCUUCCGUGGCUUUCGGUCCGGCGCCUACGGCCAGCUGCAAGCCCCGCAGGUUCUGGGGCUGCGACUGGAGGAGCCCAGCGAAGGGGUUUAUAUGCGGGAGCGGGUGAUCACAGCGCCGUACGGAGCCUCUUUCAAGCUUCGCUUGUUCGGUCUCUUUCCGGCGAAUGGGACCGGGACCAGGACCACCACCACGACCACCUGGCCGUGGGUCGGGUUCGCCGUGUGCGCGGGCGCGGACGCGGACGGGAUCUCGGAGCAGGACCCGUGCGAGCAGGAGAAGAGCCGGAGCUCGGCCCUCUUCCAGGUGAGCGAGCGCUUAGACGCGGCUGAGCCUGAGGGUUAUAAUAAUUAUUAUCAUUAUGAUGGGGAGAACAGCAGCAGACUCGUAACCGUCACCGUGCGGACGAGGCGGGGACGCGACGACGGCGGGGACGGCGGCGGGUCCGAGGAGGGCAUCUACCACCGCGUGUGCGUCCUAGACGGGGCCAGGUGGGCUUCGGUGGGACGAGACAAGCUGCGGGCGGUGGGGGCGGGCGGAGAGACGCCGAGCGAUGAUGAUGACGACGACGCCGACGACGAUGACAUGAUCCCGACGUGGGCUCUGGCGGUGGCCGUGGUGCUCGUGCUCGCCGCGUGCGCGCUCCUGAAAAGCGUCAACCUGAGCCUGCUGUGGCUGGACCCCCUGGAGCUGUACGUGCUGCACAGCUGCGGCUCCGAGAGGGAGAAGCGGGCCGCGAAGCGCCUGGAGCCCGUGCGCAGACGCGGCAACCUGCUCGUGUGCUCGCUGCUGCUGCUGUGCGCGCUCGGGCACGCGGCGCUCGGCGCGCUCCUGCAGCGCGCCUUCGGCUCCGUGGCGCCCGCCGUGCUCGUGUGCGGCGCGCUCCUCUUCCUGGUGGCCGAGCUGCUGCCGCACGUCCUGUGCUCCGGCCACGGCUUCCAGCUCGCGCCGCGCCUCACGUGGCUGGCGCAGGUGUGCAUGGUGCUCACCUGCCCGCUCUCGUGCCCGCUCGGGCUGCUGCUCGACGUGGCGCUGCGUCGCGACGUGAGCACGUGCGGCGUGCGCGAGAGGACCAUGGAGAUGAUCCGCACGAACGUGAACGACCCGUACAACGAGUUCGUGAAGGAGGAGUUCAGCCGCGGCGCGCUGCGCAGCAAGACGGUGGAGGACAUCCUGACCCCGCUCAAGGACUGCUUCAUGCUGCCCUCCACCGCCGUGCUCGACUUCAACACCAUGUCGGAGAUCAUGCAGAGCGGCUACACGCGCGUGCCCGUGUACGAGGACGAGCGCUCCAACAUCGUGGAGAUCCUGUACGUGAAGGACCUGGCGCUGGUGGACCCCGAGGACUGCACGCCCAUGAGCACCAUCACCAAGUUCUACAACCACCCGCUGCACUUCGUCUUCAACGACACCAAGCUGGAUGCCAUGCUGGAGGAGUUCAAGAAAGGUAACUCGCACAUGGCCAUUGUGCAGAAGGUGAACAACGAGGGGGAGGGGGAUCCAUUCUAUGAAGUUCUGGGAUUGGUCACGCUAGAGGACGUCAUUGAGGAGAUCAUCAAGUCAGAGAUCCUAGAUGAAUCUGAUGGCUACAUGGAGACGAAGGUGAAGCGUCCCCUUGCUCCUCUGGAGAUCUCCCUGGAGCCGCGCUCCAGCCACGAGGAGUUCUCCCUCUUCAGGGUGUCGGAGGGCGAGCCGAAGAUCCGCACGUCGCCCCAGCUUUUGUUGGCCACUCAUCGCUUCCUGUCCCGAGAGGUGGAGCACUUCAGUCCCCACCGUGUUUCCGAGAAGGUCCUGUUCCACCUGCUCCGUCAUCCGAGCGUUAACCAGGAGGUGAAGUUUGACCCCUCCAACCGAAUGAGCCCCGAUCAUUACCUGUACACCCGCAACCACCCCGUGGACUACUUCAUCCUCUUGCUGCAGGGCCGUGUGGAAGUAGAGAUCGGGAAAGAAGGCUUGAAGUUUGAAAACGGAGCCUUUACCUACUAUGGUGUCUCCGCCCUGACGGCUCCCUCAUCAGUGCACCAGUCUCCUGUGUCCACUCAGCGUCGCUCCCCAAAGGAUCCCUUUGACCUUGGGGAGGCUGCCAGUCCCUCCAGCUACUGCCCUGACUACACCGUACGCGCUCUUACCGACCUGCAACUUAUACGGGUGACACGAUUGCAGUAUCUCAAUGCUCUGAUGGCAUCCCGGGUGACCCAGAGUCCAGACCCCCCUGAGAUCAAGAUCCUGCCUAACAGCCAGACUAAGCUGCUGAACGAGAGGAACACUAACAUAGGUGGAAGCAGGAGCAUGGAGAACACAACAGAAGGGGAAAGUCACGGAUAGACCAACCUGUCGAAUCCGAGCCCCACUUUUACCCAUCCUGUCCCCCCAAAAUGUUAUCUGUACACCUCCGGCUGAGGAUUUUUAGAAUUUAAGUAUUAUUUUGUCACACACAGAGGCGGCUGGUCACGGGAUGACCCGUGCCCUCUCGCGCCGGAUGCUCUUUUGCCAUCGGUUACUCAGGAGUGGGGUGGUGGUGGUGGGAGGUUUGGGAUUUCUAGGCCACAGAGUUCAGCCCUGGAUUUCUGUCUGCCCGCUCCUUCCCAUGAUGCGUACGUAGAGGUGUUUCCUCGCGCCAGCCGAUUUGUGCAGACUUAAUGUACUACGGGGUGGGCAAGCGAUGGUUUUGCCCUAUUCAGUCGCUGUUGAAACAAGACAAAAUUUCAGGGGACAGAAAAGGAACCUACUUCUCACUACUGGCUUGUUGAAUGGCAACACGAUCUGCUCGUUCCCCUUUCGCCGCUGCACUGGGCAUCUUCUCCGGGACCGGCGUCCCUCAGUCUGUCUCUGUACUGGAAGGCACGCCAUCGGAGCCCUUCUGCAGGCUUUAGUUCGGCCUCCUGGCGCACUCGGGUGCGGAGUUUGGAGAUGCGAGCAGGAACUCACAUAUGGGUGAGGAAAACAAACAGUGCGUGUCUGACAGCGCUCCAUAAAGCUGCAUCGGCGGCUCCCUUGCUGAAGUGACCAGCGUGUGUGUGUGUGUGUGUGUGUGUGUGUGUGUGUGUGCGCGCGUGUGUGCACGUGCGCGCGUCAGGUAAUACUUAUCUGUCCUGACUGCAGAUGUGCCACCGCUGUGUUCAUCACGCCCAACAUCACUUUUAAUCCAGAUCCCCCCCCCAGGAUCCUCCAAACUUUCCAUACUUCCCUAUCGGCAUAGACUGUGUGUGUGUGUGUGUGUGUGUGUGUGUGUGUGUGUUGAGAACACAUCAGGGACUGCUGGCCAACAUAGCCAUCCAUCCAUCCAUCAAAAGAAGAUGCACAAUAAUAUUGUGGCCAGUGGCAGAUUUUCA